CGUGCAGCAGGUGAGCAUCCUCGCCUUCUUCCUCCGUUUGUUCUUUUCCUUGGCUUGUCGUCGCCCGUUAUUAGGUUUUGCGUGGAUGUUUGCUCGUCCUUGGGGAUCGUCAUGGACGUGAGAAGUUUGGUGGGCAAAUGUUUGCCUCUGCUGUUCGCCGGCUUGGCGCUGGACGCCGCCGGCCUGACGCUGCUGCUGGUCGGCGUGUUCGCGAAUGUGCGCUCGGCCGACGACCAGUUCUACGGCGACUUCUUCAUCUUCACGGGCGCGGUGAUCAUCUUCGCCAGUCUGGGCUUUUGGGUCAUGUGGUACGCAGGCAACGUGCGUGUCCCGCCUGGCGACGCGCGCGACGGCCGUGCGAAGGGCCUGGCCGCGCGCAUCGUGCGGAAGCUCUCCGAGAGGCUCAGCCGAAAGAUGGCGAGCGCGAAAGCGGGCGCGAUUGCAAGCACGGCCGGUAACGCGCGCGUGCACGACGACGAUGAUUUGGCGGGAAGAUCGAGGCCUCACCAGGCCAGCAGGAUCACGUGGGGAAAGGCCACCGUCCACAACAGCAAACAAACUGAGCCCCAAAACGACAACAACUUUGGAAGAUACCGCCAGGAAAACAACAACCAAGAUGAAAAAGGAUACGAUAACCAAGGCUUCAACCAUGAAACUGACCACAACGAGGACAAAUACAGCAAAGGAUUUCAUGAAGACUACCACAAGGAGGAAAACUACAACUACACAGUGGAAGGAUACGACACGAAAGAAGUUAAUGUGGAUGCAAACUUCGACAAGAAUAAAAGUUACAACCUUGAAGGACAAAGUCGUCAACAGCAAGUUUCCGUGGCAACCGGCAACUAUUAGCCAAUAUUUGCCAUGUGAGUUUCCAUCCUUGUCAUGUGACAGCCGGCCGACCGGUUUGGCUUUGUUGACUCAACAGCCACCAGGAUCCUCACACAGGAACACACACUAAUAUGACGUGAUUGACAAUUUCUCACAAAAUGACUGGACAUCUAGACUAACACACAUACACACGUUGUUUUUUAAGUGCUGACACAUGGCGGGUGUGUUACGGAAAAUUAUGCGACAUGCGUUCCUUUGCUAUUUUGCUUAUUUAUCUAUGAAACAUUUCUUAGCACAAACAAGUUAGAAAUACAGAAAGCCCGCCUACAUAAUGGAGUUUGCAGUCCCCAAAAUUUCACUUUUUAUUAAUCAAUAUUGAUUUGCACUUACUCAUAUUGCGUCCAAUUGAGUUAUCGACCACUAGGUGGUGACAUACUCCUGUGAAUUGUGAAGAAGAAGAGUGAAAACAGGAAGCGUUUCAAGCUCAGCCUUAUUCCUGCUGAUUAUGGAAUGUAAACUCAUUCAUUGUGAUUUUAAAGUGAAGGAAGUGCAGUCAUUUAAUCAUUGGCAUGUUAUUUAUUAAUAAUUUAAGAUGAUAAUUUUUGCGAAAGAUGACAUUUGUUUGGAGGGAUUGCUACGCUAUUGUUUUAAAAGUGUGUUUGAAGGCCUUCAAAGGAAAUGCAAGUGCUGUCAUUGCUAGGAGUGGCCUGGGAACGAAACCCUGUGUCGGAUAGAAAAUAUUUAUAAACCUUGUUAUGUUGACUGACUGUUGAUUGACGGCACGAUUGUCACGUCAUUCAAAAGCGGAAUGGAUUCCGGAAGCUGCCAAACAAGUCGGCCCAGCUCAGGAAUGAAGAUGCACUUCUUUAUGAACUGGCCCUUCCACUCCAGGACUGUUCAGAACUUAUGCGAAGUGAGCUCCCAGGGUCAAAAGCAGCCCGCUUGGAAUCAUCUCGACUCGCCGUCGUCUCGGCUCUGCGUCUCGGUGGGGCCAUGAUGCCCAACAAAUGCACGUCCUUCUUCCUGGCUGUGGCCGUGUUCCUGGAUGUGGUGGGCUUCCUGCUGUUCCUGGUUGGCAUCUUUGCCUCACUGAGGUACUGGGACUUCUUUGUGUUUUCGGGACCCUUGCUGAUCUUCUUGAGCAUCUUCCUGUGGAUCUUCUGGUACAUGGGCGGCCUGCUGGUGCCCGAGGAGGAGCUCGACCUGCUCAAAAAUAACCGGGACCUGCCCUAAGCCAUCCAGACCAGGGGAUGAGAUCAGGACAUCACUGUAUCGCUUUGGCCGUCAGCGGGGGAGCUGGAAGUUGCAUCGUGUGAGGAUGUCAUAAAAAAAAGAGUGAAAGGAAGGACCUGAGGAAAACAUCUAGAAGGUUCCAAAAAGUGGAUUGGAGGAAAUUUUUCAAUGUGACUCCCGUUGACGUUGAUCACACUUCACUCAUGAGCUGGUGCUUUUCUCGAUAUCUUCGAUGAUAUUGUUGACGUUGAGUGGGAAGGAUAAAGGGAGCAGACAUCCGUGAUGCAUUUGGUCUAGAAUUUUUCUUUGCCCAAUUUUGAGGCCAACUCUGGCCCUCUCAAGCCUUCAGACAUUUUUGAUUCGAUUUAAUGACUAACAACAACAAAAAACUAUCAGCACUCCAAGCAAACUUCACAUAGAUUGUAUAAAGAACUGAAAUUUGCAAAAUGUUGCAAAUGAUUAAAAAAUGCAAUUGAAAAAAAGAAUGGAAAGCUUGUAAGCUAUUAUUGCUAAGGUUAGCUUAGCAAACCUUUCUGAUGUUUGGUGGGACUUGGUGAGAUCUCCAAAUCCUGACGUCAUGUGCGUCAUCGUUGCUAUGUAAUUUUUUUAACAGAACAAUUCCAUUAAGGAAAAAAAUUUGAGCAGACUUGAUUUGGUUUAGUGGACCUCAAAAUGGAAACGCUUGAGGAAGUCAUGUGUUAUUAUUUACAUAAAGCGGCUUUGCAGUUUUUUUCCUCCCGUGUGUCUUCAAAACUUGUCAAACCGGAGUCGCAGGCUUUUACAGAAAGAACAUCCACCCUCCCCGGAAAAAGGAAACACACCACUUUACCAAAGUGCUGAAAUGAUCCACCGCCUUUCAUAGCAAUAUUGCUCCUUCCUUGUCAUCCAUGUGGCUUCACAACUGGGCUGAACAUUUGGCGGCACGUUUAAAAAAAACUCUGCCUGAACCAGAAGGCGUUGCUGCUUUUUUUUUACUCGAUGCAGAAGUCAAACGUAACACGUGAUGUGUAUCAUCUGCGAAACACGUGUUGACAUAAAUACACUGUUCUUUAGUGAAAGCAACACACCUCAGCAGACACGUGAGGCGCCCGGAUGUCUCCCGGACAUGGCGAGGAGGAGACGAAUGUUAUUAAUGGGCUCCAUUUGGGGAGGAAGCGGCCGAGUAAUGGAUCUCUCGCUCUGAUCAAACUAUUGCUCGCUUGUCGUCCCAGAGGGACUCCAAUGCACCCCGCCCUCCUCUGUUGUGUUUGUAGGUAAAAAUGGUUGCUGUGGUGCUGAUCAUCAUCAUCAUCUUCGUCCCGUUUCAUUUAGAUGAUAAUGAUGACAGACGUGCGGUUUGUGAGAGCUUAGUGGCGUGCAUAAGCGCUAAUGCUAAGUGGGCUGUCACCAGAGAGCCAGCAAAAAAAA